ACAUCAAAGUGUUCUCUUGUGUUUCUGUGCGCUUUACAGUUCUUCUGAACACAUAAACUUUAUUUGUUUUAUAGGCCAGUGACAAGCUCAUAAAAUAAUAGUAAUAAAUCAUCUCAAGCAACAGACGCUUUGGAAAUUUCAAACAAUGAAACAGUUUAUGACAUCUAGUCUGUUGUUUUGUCUUGUGAUCAUUGCAGCCAUGUAUGAGAAAGGAAAUUCCCAAGUUUGGAAUUAUCGCAACGGGGAACCAGAUGGUCCAGAGAAGUGGUAUGUAAAAUAUCCUCACUGCGGUGGAGUGAUGCAGUCGCCCAUCGACAUCGUCAGCAGCCAGGCUAUCUACAGCCCAGCACUCACAAGCUUAAAUUUCAGUGACUAUUUGAUGUCCAAGGGAGAUAACUUUACACUAUCAAACAGGGGCGGACGAAUGGUGCAGCUAGUCUACUCUGGCACCCCUAUCUACCUCCUUGGAGGAGGUCUACCUACAGCCUACAAGCUCGUACAGCUUCACUUUCACUGGGGCGCCAACCAAUAUUUAGGUUCCGAGCACUACAUGGAUGGGAAAUCUUUUCCGAUGGAGGUCCAUCUAGUUCACAGACAAGUUCAACUUGCCAACUUUAGUGUCGCCCAAGAACUUCCUUACGGACUAGCAGUUGUUGGCUUUUUCUUUCAGAUGUCAGAAAGAAAUAAUACCAAGUAUGACCAACUCUUGAAAUAUUUUCACAAUAUUGUUAAACCAGAUACUGCAACUGAGGUUGAAUCCUUCCAACUUACAGAUCUACUUCCGGCGAAUCUCGAUUCCAUGGAUUACUACCGCUACUUUGGCAGCCUGACCACGCCCCCAUGCUACGAGUCAGUGAUCUGGACAGUGUCCACAAGCUACAUUCCCAUAUCUGAGUCUCAGAUAAACUUAUUCAGAAACUUGCAAAACGAGAACUUGAACAAUUUUGUCAACGGGUACCGGCCAAUUCAGGAUUCGAAUCACAGGAUUGUCACCACUACUCUUCAGGACUAUCCGUCGUCCGCAUCUCUUACUCACAUCCAGUUGCAUUUUCUUUUAAUAUGUGUAUUUAUAGUAGCAUUGUAUAUAUAUUAAACAAUUCCCCAAUUUUCUUAAAUUUUUAGAUACAAAGUUUUAAUCUAAUCCAUGUUAUGGAAUUGUUUUAUACAAAUAUAAUAAGAUGCCUGUUUGUUUUAUGACCUAUUUGAUAUCGAAGAAAAUGUACCAAAAAUGUAUUAUAACUGGAUACUGUAAAACGUUUCAGAUUUGAAAUGAUAUUUAUGAAAAAAACUUACAAAUGAAUGUAAAAGUGGCUUAACUCUCAGUGUCUUAAAGGCUGAUAUUAAUUUACAAAUAAUGAAACAAUGUAUUCAUUAUUACUCCAGUGCUCUUAGUGUUUUUAUUUAGAGUAUAAAGGGGCAUACUUGGGUGUCAAUUAAGAUAGUGUCAUUUGGUCAGUAAAAAAACGUUGAGCUCUAUAUGCAAAAACAAUUGUUAGUGUUUUACAGCUACGGUGAAAGGGCCUGUUACUCUUAAAGGGAGAUGACCUAAGGUCAGCUUGGCUAUCCUUGCAUAUUUUUCUUUCAAAGAUAUACAUUUUUUUUAAUACCUAAGGUUCUAAUUAUGUAAUGGAAGAUAAUCCAUAAUACCUUACAUUAAGAGAGACAAUCCACACCACCUUAGAGGCGCGUAGGCUAAGUGGUAAAGCGUUUGGUCUCCGAAGUGUGGGUACUGAGUUCGAAUCCUGGUGAGGAAUUGGAUUUUUAGUUUUAGGGAUCUUUGGACGCCGUUAAGAUCACCCAGCUCUUUUAGGUACCUGACAUUAGUUUGGUCUUUGUACUGGCCACAUGACACCCUCGUUAACCGUGGCCACAGAAACAGAUGACUUUUACAUCAUCUGACCUAUAGAUCGCAUGGUCUGAAAGGAGAACUUUACUUACUAAGAUAAAGGACUUUAACCUACACUACUUAUAUAAAGGGAGAUAAUACACAACCAGGAUUGAUACAAAUAGCUGUUUGUUUUUUUUUAAAGCCAUCCAGACUGAAUUACUGCACUAUAAGAGAUUUUGGGAAAACGAUCAAUGGCUGAGUGGUAAGCUCGUUCAUCGUCUCGGUGUUCCUGGGUUCACACCCUGAACUCUCUCAUCCCCCGUUGUCCUGCGGGUAGUCUGGCUAAGAUGUAGAUUAUCUUCAACUCUGAAGGAACAUCCAAAACAUAUAUAUACAGAAUUUUACACUAGUCCAGAUUGUAUUCAUCUACUUCAUACUUUCUACCGUUCAUAUCUAUUCAUCCCAACACAAUGUGUGCGUUUGAAUGUGGACAGGACUAUCUUACGUCAUUCUACUGUGCAUCUAAAGAUUCAGCUAUUAGUUUUAUGAGUUCUUGACCAUUUAAAGCAAUGGUGGCUAAAUGGUAGAGCUUAACUUUCGAACCAAGGGGUCACGAGUUUGAAUCCCGGUGAACAAUGUCGUUUCGUAACUACGAGGUCAGAUUCUUAGAACUUGCAACUAGCUCUCAUAACACUUGACAUUAGUUAGGGAAAGUAAAUUAGCUUGUCGUUGUACUGGCCAAAUGAAACCCUCGUAAACCGUCGGUUAUAGAAAGCUGUUUACGCUUCAAGGUCUGAAAGUGGAACUGUUCUUAUUUGCUUUUAUGCAUUAUACCAAACUUCAAAACAUAAAAACCCAAAAGGGGUUUGCGAAACCUAGAUCUAUGUUUUGUAGUCUGAAAUAGGUUUAAACUCAUUUCCAUUUGCUCUUGAUUGCACUAUACAUUUGUUUCACUAGUAUAGCGUACAAAGCCAAAUCUGUGUUUUUCUGUGUUUAACUAUAUCUCAAUGCAUGCUAUGUUGUUUUGUUGUUUUGUGUCUAAAUAAUAAUAGGCCUAUGUGUGGACAAUGUGACUUGCUAAUUCUUAACAAAUAAAAAAAAAUCUUGUUUGAAAGAAUUGAAUAAAAACUGUUGAAGAUA